AUGAACGAAGAUCUAGAAAAUGAACUCGAAGCAAUAAAGUCCAUUUAUGGAGAUGAUACAUUGACAGCUGCUGACCAAGAUGGCGCCUAUAUCCUUCAUCUCCCACAACAAACCGUCUUGUUGAGACUUCAAUUUCCCUCCGAAUACCCCGCGGUCCCCCCGACUGUCCGAACGCAGAGCUCUGGAGACAAUGCCCGCAAAGGGGAGGCCGCUCAUGUGGUCGAGGUGUUCAGGGAUAUGCUAGGGAGGCUGUACCAGCCUGGCCAAGUCUGUUUGUUCGAUGUUAUUGAGGAGGUGAAUGGCAUCUUGUCGUCCCAAGGCAAGGAUGGCUCAGACGACGAUGUUUCGGCUGCAACUACGGAAGUGGAAUCCAGAGAGUUGGCCCCAAUAUUGGAGAAUAACCCUGGGGUUAUAAUUGGGGAACAUGUACCAUGGACACAAUCCGAUGUAGUGGUGGAGUUGAAGUCUGUUUUUGUCGCUCGAUGCGCACCAGUUUCGUCGCCAGAGCAGGCGAAGCUAUAUCUCCAGCACCUCCUCGAUAGCGACAAGAAGGUCCGCUCGGCCACCCACAACAUCACUGCUUGGCGGAUAAAAGGCGACAACGGUGUCACAUUCCAGGACUGUGACGACGACGGCGAAACAGCAGCUGGCGGUCGGGUUCUCCAUUUGAUGCAGUUGAUGGAUAUAUGGAAUGUCAUGGUCGUCGUGACGAGGUGGUAUGGUGGACAUCAACUAGGGCCGAAAAGAUUCAGUAUCAUCAACACCGUAGCCCGAGAUGCUUUUGUCAAAGGCGAGUUUGUGAUAGACUCUUCUACAAAGAAGAAGGGAAAGCGUUGA